AUGAAUACGUACAAUAGCAACCUCACUUCCUUUACAGGAAGCCUCAAUACCUUCUUUAGCGCAGUCUCGACUCUGAACAAUGUGGUAACUAACCAGAUCAACGGUCUGACGAUUUCCAACAACUGCACGAUAAUAGCAGACAGUAUGCGUUUCUUCUACAACAUGUACUGCGUCAACUUCAUCAACCGCUCCGUUAAAAUCGGCAGGCGCCACCGCGGCAAGCUCCUCCUCAAGAACGGCGACUAUUACGACGGAUUUUACAAUGAGGACUCCGAGCCGCACGGAGAUGGAGUGUGGUACGAGAAGGCUAACGGUACUUUCCGGGGCAUUUUCACUAAUGGUCAAUUCACGAAGGGCGACGUUGACUACGCCGACGGUUCUAAGUUCAAGGGCACGAUGCUCAACGGACGCAAGCAUGGCGAAAACUGCGAGUUCCAGUUCGCAGACGGCGACAAGUUCACCGGCGAGUUCGACAAUGAGGAGUACAAGAACGGUACUUUUGAGUCACGCAAUGGAUUGAAGUACCAGGGAGGCUUCCUCAACGGCAUGAAGGAAGGCGAAGGCAAGUACUUCCUCAAGGGAGUCGCAGAGUACGAGGGCGGCUUCCACCACGACGAAUUUCACGGAUACGGAAAACUCAAGAACUUCAAGAACAACACCGAGUACGAGGGACGCUUCUAG